AUGUUAGCUCGACGCUAUCUUUCCCGUGCACCAGGUCUGUCGCGUGCAGCUUCGACCCAAGCCCGCGGUCGGGAAGCAAUUCUUCAGAAGAGGCCGGAUGAUGUGGUUAUAACAUUCGCGAAGCGUACUGCUAUGUCGAGAGCUAAGAAAGGACAGCUGAAGGAUAUCCCAGUCGACGAACUCUUGCAUGGCUUCUUUAAAGCCACACUCGAACAUACCAAACUUGAUCCCUCCAAAAUAGAGGACAUCUGCGUCGGUACUUGUCAUCCGCCGUCCCCACUGUACAUCUCUCGUGCAGCUGCACUGGCUGCAGGCAUACCUUAUUCAGUGCCGAUACAGACAGUAAAUCGUCUGUGCUCGUCAGGUCUUAUGGCAAUCAGGAGCAUUGCCCAUGCUAUCCAGUCGGGUGACAUCUCACUUGGUGUUGCGGUCGGCGUCGAGAGCAUGUCCCAGAACCCUCGGCCUACCCCAGAAGUGACAGAGCCAGUAGACAGGAACCCCCACGCUCACGACUGUAUUCAGCCCAUGGGAUGGACCUCCGAGAUGGUUGCGCAGACAUACGGGAUAACCCGACAAAAACAGGACGAGUAUGCGUUAAUCUCGCACACCCGAGCCGAGAAGGCCGUCUCGAAGGGUAUCUUCGCAGAAGAAGUCCUUCCCAUUGAACUGCGGGGAGCAGUAGUCUCCGUGGAUGACACAGUGCGACCCGGAGUCACGAUGGAAUCACUUUCAAAGCUGAAACCAGUAUUUCCGGACUGGGGUGAAGCUUCCACGACUGCCGGCAAUGCAAGCGGCGUCGGAGAUGGCGCAGCCCUCUGUAUCAUGACUACUAGAGCACGCGCUGAGAAGGAGGGCUUGCCUAUCCUUGGUAAAUGGGUUACAAGCGUGACUGUUGGCGUGGAACCCCGUGUCAUGGGAAUCGCGCCAAUUCCGGCGGUGAACAAGAUCCUCGACCAAGCCGGUUUGACCAAAGAGGAUAUCGACAUCUUCGAGAUCAAUGAGGCAUUUGCAUCGCAGUUCGCAUACUGCGUGGAGCAGCUGAAGAUACCGAUGGAAAAGAUCAAUCCUAACGGCGGCUCCAUUGCGUUGACGCAUCCCCUCGGGAUGACUGGUACACGUCAAGUUGUCACAGGUCUGGCAGAGUUGAAGAGGAGACAUGGACAACUCCUAUGCACGAGCAUCACCUCGGCACUCAAGAUGUCCGCUCAAAUCAGCAAGAAGAGAAAGUUCGUCGCCGACGGUGUGUUCCGCGCUGAACUCAAUGAGUUCUUCAUGCGCGAGCUUGCUGAGGAGGGCUACUCUGGGUGUGAUGUCCGUGUAACGCACGCCCGUACUGAAAUCAUCAUCCGCGCCACGCACACCCAGGAGGUGCUGGGAGAGAAAGGCCGCCGCAUCAGGGAGCUCACCUCCCUUGUCCAAAAGCGUUUCAAGUUCCCUGAGAACUCCCUCGAAUUGUAUGCCGAGAAGGUGCAAUACCGUGGGCUGUCUGCUAUCGCUCAGUGCGAGUCUCUCCGCUACAAGCUCCUUGGUGGCCUUGCUGUUCGGAGGGCUUGCUAUGGUGUCCUCCGUUUCGUCAUGGAGUCCGGUGCGAAGGGUUGCGAAGUUGUCGUGUCCGGCAAGCUUCGUGCUGCUCGUGCCAAGUCCAUGAAGUUCACCGAUGGCUUCAUGAUCCACUCCGGCCAACCUGCCCGUGACUUCGUUGACUACGCCGUUCGGCACGUUAUGUUAAGACAGGGUGUUUUGGGCAUCAAAGUCAAAAUCAUGAAGGGCUGGGAUCCUGAGGGUAACCUUGGUCCUCGGAAGCCUCUCCCUGACUCCGUUCAAAUCCAUGAGCCUCCUCUCGACAAGAUCAUCACUGAGCCGUCGUCCGAGCAACGUGAGCCGGUCAUUGUUUCGCAGACGUUGCCUGUUGCGGAGGAGCCUCCCGCUGCAUCUUACGCUCCGGACGCCGGCUACCAAGCCGAGCAGUUCACGGAGCAGCCUGCUUUCUAA